GACUCAUAUGCUGGCAAAUAUACACCAUAAUGCCCAAGGCAAGGCGCGAACGAAGAGAAUCUCCGCCCCGCCCAAAGAAAACAGCCCGAUUGACAUGCAAAAACUGUCGUGCCCGCAAAGUCCGCUGCGAUGGAGGCCAGCCCAUUUGCGGUAUCUGUAUAGCAUACAAUGAGGCUUGCCAAUAUGAUCGACCACCGCCCAUGACGCAGAUUCGUGCUAUGGCAGAUAAGAUCGCUCAGCUUGAACAGACCAUCAAAGACCUCCAGAACAAGGAUGGAAACAGUAUUGCUCCUCUGCAAGCUAGCGCGGCAGUUCUAGCAGAAAACACGAGAGUUUCAACGCUUGCAGAUCCUCUUCCGACCAUUGAGGUUGCGGACGGUACUCUAGAUACAGCUCGUGCUUACUACGACACCACGUCGGCAGUUCACGAUCCCGGAGAUACGCCAUCGCAAGCAACGACGGGUCAAAUUACCGUGGCACACAGCCCUGAAACUCGCCAGCCACUACCUAUGGAGACGCCAGAGCUGAGGUUCUGGGAGGAUCAAGCCGUCGACAGCGCAGCAGUUUAUCUCAGCAUUCCUCAGGAUGUUAUCCGACGUCUUUUCGCAACGCAUUGGACGUGGGUUCACGCGAACUUUAUGUUUGUCCCGCGGGCUUUGUUCCUCCGUGACGCCGCAGUUGGUGGGAAAUUCUUCUCUCCGUUUCUGUUGAGCGUGUUGUGUUUGCAUUCGACGCGUUUUAGGGAACGCCAUUUGACGGAGCAAUUACUCGCCAGAGCGAAACUGUUGUUCAGCCAUGAAAUACAUAGUGAUGGGUCUAUACCGCUAGUCCAAGCACUGCUGCAGUUUAGUGCUCGCGAAAUUGGUAGAGGCUCUGUGUCGCAAGCUUGGCUGUAUGGCGGAAUGGCAUUUCGAGUUGCUAUUGAUAUCGGUCUUUUCUCGACAUCACCUGCAAGGUCUGAGAACAUCAUAUGGACGCAACUCGGUCGGCAUCUGGCAUGGUCUUGCUUCUUCUGGGAUACAACACUGAGUCUGUAUCUCGGGAGAACGCCGUCAUUGCCUGAACCACCGAAAUGGGACCCUGCUAUGCCCGAUGAUCCAGAAACCGAGUUAUGGCCGCCUUAUCCCAUCCCCGAUGAUGAAGCACUCCAGAGCUAUCAACCGAGAACGUCGCAUUUGUUACUUUGCUUUGCAUAUACUUGCAAGAUCAGCGUCAUCAUCAGUGAUAUACUUUUUAAUAUUUACGGGAGCAGAAGAACGAAAGAUGUCCUGGACUUUGUACAGAAUACGAGAGAGAGGCUGCACUCCUGGCGUUCAAGUUUACCGCCAGAGUUGCUUGUGGACUAUCAAUCCCAGAUUUGUCCGCCUACACACUUCGUGGCCCAGCAAAUGUUGUACCAUACCACUAUAAUUCUACUCCAUCGGCCGUUCCUAAAUAACUUAGUUUGCUGGAAAGCAUGCCAAGAAGCCUCUGAAUGCGUAGAGCAACUUCUCCAGCUUCUCGAUAGCACCUUUGGCUUCCAGCGGUUCACAUAUAUCAUGGCUUACUGCACCUACACCGCAGCUACAGUCGUCGUGCAAGACAUGAAAAACGGCAGGCCUGAUACUGCCGAGCGAUUCAAAAUGUUUAUGAGGGCUCUGGACGCUAUCACAGUCAGUUGUCCUGGCAUACAGCGCAGCAUCGAUAUUUUGACAAAGGGGCUGGGUACGGUUGUCGAGCAAGAUCAAGAGAUGUCGCCAGCCGUUCCUGAACAAGCCCCACAGAUACCGGCUUUCCCUUAUACUGACUUUGGAUAUAUCUUUGCUGAAGGAGUAGACGAGACUAGUCAUGACACGACUGCGAGCUCAAAUCCGUUCUUCAGCCUUGAUUCUUUCCCUCAUUUGCGGUUUGAUGAGAUUUCAGGCAGCGUGUUCGAUGACGGGCAGGCUAGAAAUUCGCUGUAG